AUGCGUUGUCUCGCCGCCUUCACGGCGUUGCUUCUUGCCCCGACUGCUGUCUUUGCGGCUUGGGGCUACACGGAUGAUGGGAAGAACUAUGUUAUUGAUACCAACGCUAACCUGGUGGUCAAAGUCAGCAAAUCCAAUGCCGACUUGACUUCGAUCAAGUACCGCGGUGUCGAGUACAAUGGCCAGAAUGGCAAGAACUCGCACGUCGAGUCUGGACUUGCACCCGGCACUGUCACUAUCAAGCAGUACACUUCCCCAGCCAACAUCAUCAAAGUUACCAUGAAAGUUGGAACACUCACCCAUACGCUCGUCUUUCGCUAUGGAAACCCGAAUGUGUACAUUUUCAUGAACAAGAGAGACACGAGCAUCACCGUGUCACGUUACAUUGUUCGCAUCCCUGCAAACAUCUUCACGAACAAUGUCAACGAAGAUACUGACUGGGUUCCCAACGGUGCACCGGCUAUCGAGUCUGGUGAUAUCAACGGCAUCAAUGGUCAGACAUGGUCGAAGCAUUACUCUGGAAAAAAGUAUGGUCGCACUAUUGACUACGACUAUGUCGGCUACACCAACAAUAACGUUGGCAUGUACCUGAUCCGCUCGAACCAUGAGAAGGCGUCUGGAGGUCCUUUCUUCAGAAGUCUCAUACGUCGCGGCGGUGAUGGAGGUCCGGAUCUCUACGACAUUUACCAGUACAACAUGGGCCACACCGACCCCAUGCGACUCGGCCUGCAAGGCCCUUCAGUGCUCCACUUCACCGACAACGGCGCAGCACCCAACCACAACCUCUUUUCCCGCAACGCCAACUGGGACUGGUUCGACUCGCUCGAAAUUGAAGACUGGGUUCCCGCCAGCCGCCGCGGUGCCGUUGCCGGCGUCGGCCUCGCCAACAUGAAGAGCGGCUUCCAGUACGUCGUGGGCCUCAAAAAUGAUCAAGCCCAAUACUGGACCAUUGCAACCGGCGCCUGGCGCAUCGGUAACGCCCUGCCUGGCACUUACACCCUGACCGUCUACAAAGGCGAACUCGAAGUCCACACCAGCACCGUCUCCAUCGCCGCCGGCUCGACCGCAACCCGCAACACCAUCACCCUUGUCGACCCCAACGACACCCCCGCCAUCUGGCGCAUCGGCGACUGGGACGGCACUCCACGCGGCUUCCUCAACUUCCAAGACACCCCCAUGAAGCCCACCUACAUGCACCCGUCCGACUCGCGCCUCGCAAACUGGAAGGUGGGAAACUUCAUCAUCGGCACGACCCCCAUCUCCGGCUUCCCAGCGUACAUCUGGAAGGACAUCAAUAACGACUACCUCGUCUACUUUCGCCUUACCGACGCCCAGCUCGCGCGCGGAGCAAAGAUCAGAGUCGGAGUCACGCAGGGCCAGGCUGGCGGACGCCCGACCGUCGCCGUCAAUGCCUGGGCUGCGAAACUACCCGCCGAUAAGGGCCAGGGCGAUACCCGCAGUUUGACCGUCGGCACGUAUAGAGGGAAUAACUAUGUCUAUGAGUUUGACGUUCCGGCCAGUGCGUGGGUCGCGAGUGCGAGGGAGUAUCAGAUCCUCAAGAUUACGGUCAUUUCGGGGAAGACGGCCGCGGGGUAUUUGAGUCCGGCUGUCAGCUUUGAUGCUGUUGAGUUGAUUGGGUUGUAA